AUGCUUCGCCACAUCGUUAAAAGAGCAGGAUCAGUUCGCCGUUUGGCCACUGCUAUUCCUAAGACACAGAUAUCAGUGUUACCAAAUGGACUAACGGUAGCAUCUGAGAGAAUACCCAAUACUUCUACUGCUACUGUUGGCAUAUUUGUAGACGCAGGAUCAAGAGCUGAGAAUGUCAAAAACAAUGGUACCGCUCACUUUUUGGAACACUUGGCAUUCAAAGGUACUCAAAAUAGGACUCAGGUCGGUAUUGAGCUUGAAAUUGAGAACAUAGGUUCUCACCUUAAUGCCUACACAUCAAGAGAAAACACGGUGUAUUACGCUAAAACCCUCGAGCAAAACAUUCCGAAAGCGGUAGAUGUCUUGAGUGAUAUCUUGACCCGAUCAGUGUUGGAUCCAAAGGCUAUCGAGCGUGAGAGGGACGUUAUCAUCCGCGAAAGCGAAGAGGUUGACAAAAUGUACGACGAAGUUGUAUUCGAUCACCUUCACGCCAUUACAUACAAGAAUCAGCCACUGGGGAGAACGAUCCUUGGUCCUAUUGAAAAUAUCAAAACAAUUACACGGAAAGAGCUGCAGGAUUAUAUCGCGACCAAUUACAAGGGAGAUCGCAUGGUUCUUGCUGGUGCCGGUGCAGUGGACCACCAAAAGCUGGUUGAUAUUGCGUCCAAGUACUUUGGUCACAUAGCGAAAUCUGAUACACCGGCACCCUUAGGAUCUCCGCGGGGACCAUUACCUGUCUUUUACGGGAACGAACUGAAAAUUCAAGAGGACACACUACCCACUACGCAUGUCGCGCUGGCGGUUGAAGGUGUCUCUUGGUCAGCACCGGAUUACUUUACGGCACUAGCCACACAAGCCAUAGUAGGUAACUGGGAUAGGGCACUAGGAACAGGAACAAACUCUCCAUCUCCUCUGGCUGUUGCAGCCUCCAAUAAUGGAACCUUGGCUAACUCCUACAUGUCGUUCUCUACUUCCUACGCAGACUCAGGUCUCUGGGGUGUUUAUAUUGUGACAGAUUCGAAAGAACAUGACUUGAAGGUCAUCAUAGAUGAAAUUCUGAAAGAAUGGAAGAGAAUCAAGUCCGGUAAUAUCACUGACGGUGAGGUGGAAAGAGCGAAGGCGCAGUUGAAGGCUUCACUUCUACUUUCACUUGAUGGCUCUACAGCGAUAGUUGAAGACAUAGGAAGACAAAUUGUAACAACAGGGAAGAGGCUUUCCCCGGAGGACGUCUUCGAGCAAGUGAAUCGGAUCACCAAAGACGAUAUUAUAAUGUGGGCUAAUUACAAGUUGAAAGAAAAGCCUAUUUCUAUCGUUGCACUUGGGAACACUAAAACGGCACCUUCGUUGAGUCACAUCGAAUAUGGUUUGAAUGCUUAA